AUGUCCAUGACCGAAACGCAGGUGUCUGUACUCCUCUUGGUUGCGCAAUAUAUGGGCGUCCGCCAGAUGUUCCAUCUCGCACGUCUGUGCAAGCGAAUGCGGACGGCCCUCAUGAAGAAGGCGAACCGUCAUGUCUGGAAGGCCAUGCUCAUGAAAGAGCCGUCCGCGCCGCCUUGCCCUAGGCAUCUCAUCGAACCGCACUACGUUUCCAUCAUAUGCGGCCGGGAAUGCAGUGCCUGCGGAAAGUACUGUGAGGAACACGAAAGGCGUGUAUGGGCUCAGGUUGGCUGGGUCCUCUGUGAUGAUUGCCUCGAACACAACUUCAUCGACGAAGAAACUCUCCUAGGUCUGUAUAGUGUCACUAUGCCAAACAGGCCCGAUGGUGUUCGUCUCCCCCAACGUGACCCGCGAAGCGACCUGCGGCGGUAUCUACCGCAUCACGCAAAUUUCUAUCCCUCUGAGGAAGGAGAGAUCGUGGAGACGAACGUCUACUACAGGCCUGAAGCUGAGCUAGUCCUACAGCAUUAUCUACCCCUUAUGGAGUCGGAACUACUGCGUGACCCUACACGGCGAUCGUUAAGGAAGGUCCACGCGAUGAUGGAAGAUCAACGUGUCCGCCAUGUCAGCCACGUGAAUGAGUUUGCUGAUCAUUUCUCGAUGUGUUUCGAAGUUGCCUCCGAGAUCGAAGCGCGGCACGGUCCAGGUGUUUACACUGUGAGACACGAAAUCUUGAGAAGAGUGGAUACACAAUCUCGCGGCUACGAACUAGAAGACCUGCAGAGGCGCUCCAACCUCCAUGACAGUUUUCUCGAUCAACCGGUGACGAGUCUCGGCAAGACGUUAUCCAACUGUGUUUAUAUCUGCUCGAGGCUUACUGGUCUUCCAACAGAGGCGUGGACACAUGUGCAGCCGAAAAUCUGGGAAGUCCUGGCCAACAAACGCGACGAGCGGCUCCGCCAAAAGCUGACUGAAGGCGUGCGCAACAUCAUCUACUUUUACGAAGAACUGGUGCAGCAGUCGGAGUUGUCCGAGCACCAGCGCGCGUUGCUACCCACCCGGUUUCAUGUGGUACGGUUUCCUUGCGUAUCGCAACUGCUGCUCGAAUGCGAGCAGCCGCCGACAAUAGAGCGGAUGGAAGCGUUCGUGCCCCACCUGGUGGAAACGGUGCGCAGCUAUGGGCUACAGCUACCGGGCAUUUUUUGCACCUCGUUCGAAAUGUUCCUCGGCCAGCACCAAUUCGUCCCGGGCAGCAUCUUUACACCGGUGCACGAGUCGGACGAGGUCAAAGCCGCCAGACUUCUUGGCAUGGCAGCGGCCUUGUUCACGUACAGAGAAGACUGGGCGAAGAACAAGGAUCCAGUCGUGCUGCCGUAUCUUGCGAUUCACGUGCACUGGCGCACACACCACCCUUCGUAUUGGGACGGCUGGGACGUUCGCAAGCCCGAAGGCAACGGUCCGGCUGUGCACGAACCUGGGGUGUUGCACGGGAUGGUACCGUAUGCCCCAAGCCUACUACAUAUCAAGGCAUUGGGGCUCCCGGACGAUAUUUCCCUGGACGAGAUGGACAAUUUUGUGCGCAACGGACAGAUCCAGUGCCAGUGCGGGAUCUCGAGGCUCGCGCCUUACCGCGGCACGUGGGGAUGGGCAGAUCUACUCGCGCACUGCGCAUACGAGGACUUGCAAUGGGAGAAGAUAUGGGCUCGACCACAUACCCGCGGUCACGCAGUGCGGUUAUCUUUUACAAGAUAUAGCCUAUGGGCACGCGAUCACGGCGUGGGAUCUCUGCAUUAUUACCGAGACGUCAACAAACCACCUGAGUACGAAGCGGAUCUGAGAAGCCUAUUGAAGGCGCUGCAGAAGGCGCUGCGUGCUGAUCCUGGCAAACACCUCUUGGGUUGCAGGCUUUGCUGCGACUUAGUUGGACCUGGGCACGACCGCAUUUGUGUCGAAGCCUUCAAAGAAAUGGUACCAGAGGUCCGGCUGAACGCCGUUCGGCAGCCGCAAGCUAUGGCGCAUCACCUCCGUACAAGGCACAGUCUCCGCUCUGUUUCGGACGAAUUUCUGGUCUUCAGCGAGUGA